AGCCGGUGCAGCGAGUCCGCGGCGGCUCACCUGCUCAGUCUGUGGUAACGGGACGGGAGAAGCGGGAGGAAGCGGCCCAUCACCUGUCCGGUAGUUUUUUUUUACCUCCGCGAAGUGCGAAACUUAACGGAUGGAAAGCGACAGCGGACCACCUGCCGCGCGCCGAAGUGACGGGUGACGUCCCCGACUCGUUACUACCUGCCCCGCCGUUGCCGCCAUGGCUCGGACCGGCUCGGGGACCCUCCUCUCCCGCCGGAACAUCAAGCUGGACUCCUUCCUGAAGCGGAACACGGAGCGCGCGGUGUACGAGCGGAUCCGAGCCUACGAGCCGUGCGUGGUGAUCUCGGAGACCGUCAACAAGGCGUACAUGCACGUGGUGCUGAGCGACGAGCGCGUGUACCUGACGGAGUACCCGCCGCGCACGCUCACCGCGGCCGUUGACUUCAGGCGCGUGCGGGACAUCGAGCUGGUCAACGACCUCCCAGAUUUCCUCAGCGGGAAGGACAGGGAACGCUGCCAGCACAUACGAGUCGUCUAUGUGACCCACAAGCCUGCCGCGAAGGGGCGCGACUGGUUGAGGAGAGACGGGGCCGGGGGGCCGCCUCCUGCAGCCCCGUCCUCUCGCAGAACCAGCCACUGCCCAUCAAUCGCACGCACCUUAGAAGGACAUCCUGCAGAAAGGAACCGGACUGAAUGGAGGAAAGAGGAGGUCCACAUCUCAAAGCCCGCCCGCUCUGCCUCCUGUCCGAACCCUGAGACUCUGGGCCUCCUGAGGGUCCCGCACCCUCCGGGCCAGCCCCCCUCCACAGCGCCCUCUCUCUACGACCCCGCCAGCUCCCCCAGCUCGCCUCCGUCGCCCUCGGAGCAAAGCCUGAAGACCCUUGAGAGAGGUCAGGUGCCGAGGAGGAUCGGUUCGGUCCUGUCUCGUCUGCUGAGAAGAGACUGCGCGACCAGCGGAGAGGAGAGGGAGGCUGAGCUGCAUCUUUACGCCGUGUCGCAGACGUCCAGACUUUACCUGCAUCUGCAGAGCUCGUGGAACAGUUUUAUUAUUAGGUCCACGCUGUUGUUAGACCCGCUCUACCGACGAAAGUGCAGCGCUUCAUCUGACUCCUCUCCUGGAAAGCGACGUCCUGCCAUCAGCUGGGAGCGGACGGCUCACCUGUUCGCUCAGCUGAGCUCUGAGCUGCUGCAGGACGGGAUCGGCGUGGAGAGUUUGUACCUGCUGCUGCAGGAGCUGAGGACUGGUGCUCACCGCAGCGUCCCGCUACGCAGACUCUUCUGGAGGUCCAGUGAGGUGUGUGUGUUCCUGGUUCGGACUCUGGAGGAGUCUCUUCACGGCUGUCAGAGUCUCAGCGGCGUCUACACAGCAGAUCAGCUACUACUCAGCACUCUGAUCGUCCAGACGCUCGCCGUCAUGUUCAGAGAGACGGAGGUCGAGGUGGCCAGACUCAGCCUGCUCUCCGCCAAAAAAGGUGCCCUGGCCUCCAGGAUGCUGCUUGCCUUGACUUGUGAUCCACGUCUACAAACGCAGAACCGAGGAUCUCAGACCGACUCUGAGCUUCAGGCCUUACUGUCUGACUACCUGGAUGCUGCCUGCUCUCUGCUCUCUGAGCUGCUGCUUUUAGGCCACGAGACCAGCAGGUGUCUCUCUGCUGACAGCCUCCUGUCCGUUGGCUGGAUCCUCCGAGUCCUGCAGCCUCAUCCUGACACGCUGCCCUUCGUCGGUCACCAGGCCCAGCAGGUGGUGCUGGUCCUGUCAGACCCGCGGGAGUCUGUCCUGAGCCCGGCCCAGUCUGUUCUGUUGUUCCAGCGCUGUCGCCUCCUGCUGGCCUGCCUGCAGUACAACAGCCAGCUGGCUCAGCACCUCCGAUCGCGCUUCAGAGAGGAGUUCAGGUACUUUGUGAAGCCGUCCUGUGCUGAGGAGAAGCUGACGUCUCGCUACCCCAUCAGCUCAGCGACUCUGCGACUGGUCGAGCAUAUUCUGACUCUCAUGCUGCACGGAUGAUCGCACAACACCACACCUGUGCUUUUAUACUGUGUUCUGUCCUGUAUGUUGUCACCCAGAUUGAAAGAAUAAGGACUUGGAAGAGUGUGUGCCUUUACCAGAGUCUGAGGGAUGUUUUGCUUUGAGCUGGGAGGCCUAAGUAUGUUCUUCUGAAUGUAUUUACAAAUGGUCUCAGGCCAGGUCAUAUUUAUCCAUUCUAGACAUAUGAACUGUUAAGUAUCGUCUGUCAGCUGUCAUCAUUCCAGAAAGUAGAAAUCAGUAGAGCUGUGGCACCUUGUUGCCAGGUAUUGCUAAUAUGCCGUCAGGUUCAGAUUACUGUCCAUAGAUUGAUGUAAAUUAAUGUUAAAUGUACUUGUGUGUCUGGUGUUUACAUUUUAGCCUGUAAAAAGUGCAGAGACUCCUCGGCUGAUGUGCACUUUAUAUAUACACUGUGGUUGAAGUUGUCUUAGUAACAAUUACAGACAUAAUUUUGGGUAAA